UACGUAAACAUAGAAUUGAAUUCCUAUUCUCAAUUCAUGAGCAGGAUGAAUUCAGGUUAGUGUUGCAAUAUUUCUAAGAGUGUAUAGCAAUAGGGGAAAUUUGAUGAAAUUGGGAUUGUAAAUGGGGGUAGGUUCAAUUUUAGAUAGAGAUAAAAAUGGAAUUUUUCCCUCCAAAGUUAUAAAGUAUAAAAACAUUAACCAGAAUCGGAGACUCCGAAUACAAAACCCUCGCCGCCGCGUUGAUCCGAACGCUAUUUCUUCGAUCCUUUUUCUUCUCCGACUUCGCCUACCGGAAAACCCUAAUUCAGCCGCCGAUCAAAACCCCCGUCCGCCGUCUCCAUUCCGUUUCACCAUCCAUAUAUAGGUUAGCAUUAAAAAGAAAAAAAAAAAAGAUGACAUUUUUAGAAUUAGGUUACAUUAUUUGACGAUUGUACCCUUAGUAAUACAUAGCCCAGUUCGACCCACAUGCCGAUCCGGAGGUAAAUAGCAAACAUGAAUGCCUUCUUCGCUUCGGACCCAACUCCACCGCCAGAGCCACCACUGGCAGCGGCAACAAAGGUCGUGGCGAAGUCGGAUCCUCGCAUCGACCAUGCCCAAGCAAUCAAAUCCCCGGCCACUGAUCGUGCUGUUUACAACAAUCUCAUCACUCGCUACUCCAGAACAAAUUUGCUCCAUUACUCUGUUCGUCUCUUCUAUCAAAUACCAUUUCCCGAUAUCGUGUCUUGGACUGCUUUCAUCUCUGCUCAUUCCAACACAUUCCUUUCUCUUCGCCAUUUUGUUUCUAUGCUCAGAUACCCAACUUUUCCCAAUGAACGCACAUUAGCUUCUCUUUUCAAGACCUGUGCUUCUCUCCCUUGUGUUUCUUUUGGCCUUGCUCUUCACUCCCUUGCCUACAAACUCUCACUCUGCAAUGAUCGCUACUCCGGCUCUGCGCUUGUCAAUUUCUACUCCAAAUGCCGGUUGUUCAAUCACGCUUGUAAGGUGUUCGAUGAAAUUUCUGACAGAGAUGAGUUUUGCUAUUCUGCCCUCGUUGUUGGUCUAGCGCAGAAUGCGCAAUCCAUUCCCGCAUUGUCGAUGUUUAGGCAGAUGAAAGCUUCUGAAGUUGCGUCGACGAUAUACAGUGUUUCGGGGGCUCUUUGUGCUGCGGCUGAUCUUGCCGCGUUGGAACGAUGCAGGGUUUUACAUUCGCAUGCUGUGGUUACUGGAUUGGAUACUAAUGUAAUUGUUCAAACUGCUCUGAUUGAUGCGUAUGGGAAAUCGGGGCUGAUAAUCGAGGCUCGGCAGGUAUUUGAUGAGAAUUUGGGAUGUAUGAAUAUUGUGGGGUGGAAUGCAAUAUUGUCAAGUUAUGCACAGCAGGGAGAUCAGAAUUCUACGCGUGAGCUAUUCAAUUCAAUGAAAGCUUUCAGGAUGUCUCCUGAUGAAUACAGCUUCUUAGCCAUUCUGUCAUCAUUUUGUAAUGCAGGUUCAGUUGGUGAGAUUAAACCGUGGUUGAGAAGGAUGAUAGUGGAGUAUGGAGUGAAACCUACUCUUGAACAUUUUACUUGUCUCAUAGAUGCGUUGGGGAGAGCUGGGAAAUUAGAAGAAGCCGAGAGGGUAGCCAUGACAAUGCCUUUUGUGCCAGAUGAGGCGGUUUGGCGUGCAUUGCUAACAAGCUCUGCAAGCCAUGGUGCCGGUGAUAUGGCAUGGAAAAUGGCAAAACGGCUACUGGAGCUCAACCUGCAUGACGACUCGGCUUAUGUGAUUGUUGCCAAUGCUCUAUCUGCUACAGCAAGAUGGGAGGAAGUGGCAGUAGUGAGGAAGCUGAUGAAAGAGAGAGAUGUGAAGAAGAAAAGUGGGAGAAGUUGGAUUGAAGUGAGAGGGGAGGUUCAUGUGUUUUUAGCGGGGGACAGAAACCAUGAAAGGGCUGAGGAGUUGAAUGCAAAGCUAAAAGAGUUGGUUGGGGAGAUAGAGAAGCUUGGGUAUGUUCCAAUCUGUGGUGAGGUGCUUCAGGAAGUAGGGGAAAAGGAAAAGAAAGAAGCACUUUUGUAUCAUAGUGAGAAGUUGGCACUGGCUUAUGGGAUACUGACCGGAGUUGCACUACCGGGAAAAGCUCUACGAAUUGUAAAGAAUCUAAGAAUAUGCAGAGAUUGUCAUCAAUUUUUCAAAUAUGCAAGUAGGGUGCUGAAGAAGGAGAUUAUAGUUAGAGAUGUCAAUAGAUACCAUAGAUUUUCAUAUGGUGGUUGCACCUGUGCAGACAUCUGGUAAAGACGUAAACCAAUAAAUCCUCGUAUACGAAAUGGAUUCAUCAUAUUCAUUAUCAUUAUUCAGACCAACAUUCUGCAAAUUCGAAGAGAAUCUCAUGCGUACUAUAAUUCUUCUAGGAUUUUGUCAGCAACCAAACAGGAUAUACCAAGAAAAGAUAACAGGGAAAGCGAAUAAGAAAUACUCUUAAAAGAACUGCGAUUCUAAAAUCAUUAUCAUAAUUCAUCAUAAGAGAAAGGAACCUUGAGGACAAGAGAAAAACGGCUCGGCAAUGGAACUUGCAAUUCACUUUUGAACUGACACGGCGGGAGCACCGAGCAAGGUGGCUUGCUGCAACUCGAACUCAUUGAGCUGCUGUUCGCGAUCCAUCUCAAUGAUGAGCGGGACAAUGAGGAUGAGGAAUGUGGUGCCGGCGAUCCAGGCGGCUUUACCGGUGCUCCGCAGCAGUUCAUUGGUGACGAAAGCAGUAUUUGAAGCAGCGCGUCUGGAUUGGCGAUAGAUCGAGGAUUCGGAAACGGAACGCGAGAACCUGGCGUCGCUGUCGUCGUUGCUGGUGAGUGACAAUCGGUUCUUGCCAUUGACCGCCAUGAGAGACGCGCGCAGAGGAGAGCUUGGCUUUCGAGGGAUCGAACGCCAACGGAAUUUCAAUUUUGGUUAUACGGAGAAUGUGUGUUCCUAAUUUUACAAAAUUGAACGAUUUUUGUACAUCAAUUUUUAGACCCUUUGUUAUAUAUAAACUUUCUAAUUUUUCUUUUUUAAGAAUGAGUUUGCUCGUUA